GCGCAUCGGGUCAGAAUUUAGCUCUAACGAUGAGGGCGGGGGGGGGCUAAAGCGGAUGGAAUUGGACUUGCUGGUGGCAUGUCAACGCGCACACACAACCACAUUAAACACAACACGACAACAUUAAUAACGCUCACGAAAUCCAGUCAUUGAUCACUUAAGAACAGUUUUCAUGUGAUGGUUGUUUUAUUUUAUGCAUUACGAUAGUAAACAUUUAUUUGACCUACUCUGUUUCAUGACUGUAUGCAUUGAGUACUAAUUGGUAGCCUGUGCCUAAAGAGACAUGGCGAAAAAGCAACAGAGACAGAAACGGGGAAGAGACAAAGACAUUGAGAAAUGGAGAGCAGAAUCACAUAGACAAAGACGGGGAGAGACAGAGACGCAGUCACAGAGACGCAGAGAGACGCACACAGAGAUUCAUAGAGACAAACACACAGCCACACUGACAGAGAGACGCGGAGGCGCACGUAACACUUAUGGAGAACGCGUGCGGUACAGAACGCCCGCCAGAAGCGCAUGGACAGCCGUCACUCCGAGCGCUCGCCUCCCCUCCUCCUGCUGCUGCUGCACUCUCUCUCCACUCUUUGGCGUUCUCUAACCCACUUUCGACCAUUGAUCUUGCUCCUGAAAUUGCUCUCGGGCGCUUAAUUACACUGCGUGCCGUCGCUGUGCGCGCAUGCGUCUCUUGCUCAUGUACAUAUACUGGCGCAGCGUGCGUACGUGUGCGUGAGUGUGUAUAUAUUUAUAUAUAUAUGCAAGACCUAUAUAAGUUACAGAUUUGAAGCACACGCGCACAAUCGCCGAGAGGCUGUCCUCUAUUUGCUCCGAGGUGCGCCAGUGGUGGAUUCAGUGUCGGAGAGAAAGCUGCCGUCACGCGGACCUCAUGGAGGAGGGAUCGAUGCCCCUCGGGGUGGAUGCAGAACCGGGGAACUACAGCUUGGUGGACCCUGCUUGGGGUGAGGGCUCUGCGUUGGGGGGCCCUUCUGCAGACCCCCAGCUCUCUGACAGCAAUGGCAGCAACAUGAGCGACCAAAUGCGAGAGAAGUUCCCAAUGUUAGAUAUCCCUCACCACGUGCACCACACGAUCGGCUCGGUGGUCAUCGCCAUCGGCUUCACAGGGAUCAUCGGCAACUUCCUCGUCAUUUACGUCUUCUGCAGGAGCAAGAGUUUGCGCUCGCCGGCCAACAUUUUUAUCAUCAACCUGGCCUUCGCCGACUUCUUCAUGUCCAUCACACAGACACCCAUCUUCUUCGUCACGAGUCUUCACAAGCGCUGGAUUUUCGGGGAGAAGGGUUGCGAGCUGUACGCUUUCUGCGGAGCGCUCUUCGGCAUCGCGUCCAUGGUCACCCUCAUGGUCAUCGCCACUGACCGCUACCUGGUGCUGACUCGGCCCCUCGCCUCCAUAGGAGCCAUGUCCAAACGGCGCGCAAUGUACAUCACGGCGGCCGUGUGGUUCUACUCGCUCGCCUGGAGCCUCCCACCCUUCUUUGGCUGGAGUGCCUACGUCCCAGAGGGACUCAUGACGUCGUGCACAUGGGAUUACGUGACAUUCACACCAGCCGUACGUUCCUACACCAUGCUGCUCUUCUGCUUCGUAUUCUUCAUCCCGCUCAUUGUCAUCAUCUUCUGCUACGUGCGCAUCUUCGCAGCCAUCAAGAACACCAACAGGGCUGUGAAGACUCUGGGGGAUGCCCAUGAUAGUAAGGAAUCACAGAAGCAGCAGCAACGGAUGAAUGCCGAGUGGAAGCUUGCGAAGAUCGCCCUCAUUGUCAUCUUGCUCUAUGUGGUGUCCUGGUCUCCAUACUCGUGUGUGGCGCUUGUGGCCUGGGCUGGUUACGCUGACAUGCUCACGCCCUACAUGAACUCCGUGCCUGCCAUCAUCGCCAAGGCGUCGGCAAUCCACAACCCCAUCGUGUAUGCCAUCACGCACCCCAAGUACAGGCAGGCGAUCGGCAAGUACGUGCCGUGCCUUCGCUCGCUGUUCGGCGUCGUCCGCAAGGGCUCGCGGACUCUGUCGGGUAGCAGCUUCCAGUCGACACGACACUCCACGCUCUCCAGCCAGAUGUCGUGUAGUGGUGACACGGUGCGCCGGCAUCGUCAGCCGACCUGCACCUCUGACUCGGAGUCGUGCUGGACGGACGUGGAGGGGGAGUCAGGGAUCCGGACCCGGCCAGCCAGCCGUCAGGUCUCCUAUGACCUUCCUCGAGAUACCAUCGAGGGCCAGGACCUGGGGAAAGCGAGGUGCCAUGACUCCGGCAUGUUCGAAAAGACAUCGCUCGACAUCGACAAUAUCUCACUCGUUGAAACUGGUAGCACUCAGGGUCGAGAGAAGUCGCCCAAGGGAAUCCUGCGCCCGAUCCCGUACACGAACGAGGCUUUUGAAGGCGGAGAGGGGGAAGACGGGGCCAACCUUGUGUCCGGCAGGACAGGCAACAGCAGUGGUGAUGAACGUAUUCAGAUGAACGAUCUGACACUCAGUCAGGGGCACAGGGUGGUGGUACCCAGUAUCUCCGUGAUGUGUGAGAACACCAGCAGAAACUGAGAUGCGAUUGUAAUCAUUUUCUCGCAUUUUGGUGUCGCCAUCGCAUGAAUGCAAACCUUCUAAUACCCACCGUGAACACACCGAAGGGAUUGAAGUGAUCACAAAGGGCCAAAUUCACAUAUUUGAUUAAAUAGUCCAAACACAUCACAUUGCAAGGGUAAUUUGUCCCUUUUCCAUGAUGGAUACCUUGCCAAGUUUUCACCAAAUAUCGGCUGAAAAUGGACAGCCACUCCAUGAAUCAGGCCCAACGUAGAUAACAUGCCACAUGGCCAUGUGGACGGGGCAAGUCACAUGCUGUGCCACCUCAGUAGCCCGUAUGGGACUGUUGAUUACAUGACCAUUGGGCCGUACGACUACAGUAAACCCUCUCUAUCCGUGAGGGUUACAUUCUUGAAAACGCUCCUGAAUGCAGAAUUUGCGAAUGCAGAAACUCCUCAGGAGAUGCAGGCAUUUGAUAACGACGCACAGUUAUAAUUUUUCACACUAUGGAGAGCGUUAGCCUGCAACACUUUCCCUGAUUUCGUUCACUUUCUUUUUAAUAAUGGACCUCACGGUCGACUCAUUUAUACCAAAACGUUAGCCUGCCGCGGAUGCACUCUCAUUGGCAUCAAGCCUCACACUCUUACCUUUUCACUCAAACUCAUCCCUUUCAUCUGCCUUUUUUCAGCAGACACAUUCUUUCAUUGGACGCUUGAGAACCAUGAUUAAUGGUAAUUAACAAGCGAAUACAUACUGUAUAAAGUAAAAAUGGACAAUAGCGAGUUCAGAGUGGGAUUACUGCAAGACUUAAGGACAAAGCGGGGCAACCGAGGGGGCGUGCCUAAUCUUCGCAGGCAGUUUCAAAUGUAACCACAUUCCGGUGUCGGUGGUCUGUAGGCACUACGAUCACUCGCGAAUUCUCGAGUCGGAUCACGAAUAGGAAAUUAAUAAACAUUUAGUAACUCGCGAAUAUGCGAAACUCGCGAAACCAAAGCUCAUGCAUAGCGAGGGUUUACUGUACUUGCUCCCCAACUGCACUGAUCUCCCACGUGCCUGACAUGGCACCUGCAUUCUAAAUCUCAAUCAGUUUUUUUGGUUUUUUUCAGUUUAUUUAUUUUGGUAUAGCCCUGUGAGCCAUUCGGCUCUUGAAUCGGGUGCAACCACAACAAACAAAAAAACUAAAAAAAC